AUGCAGCACCCAUGGUCAAACGAUGUCCUCCAGGCAUUCAAGGACAGGUUCAGACUGGAAGGCUUCAGAACCAACCAACUCGAGGCUAUCAACGCGACGUUAGCUGGUCAGGAUGCCUUUGUUCUCAUGCCAACCGGCGGUGGCAAAUCAUUGUGCUACCAGCUGCCUGCGGUUGUCAAUAGUGGAAUGACUCAGGGUGUCACCGUUGUGGUCACCCCUCUGCUCAGUCUGAUGCAAGAUCAGAUUGACCACCUGACUGCCCGAGGGAUCAUUGCCAAGUCCUUCAAAGGCGAUACGAAGGAGGCCGAGAAGAAGGAAAUACUGCAGAUGUUUAAGAGGCAGCCGAAUCCCGAGCAUUAUGUCCAACUUCUAUACGUCACACCCGAGAUGAUCAACAAGAGCACGAACUUGCUACAAGGACUCAGUGAUCUCCACAGAAAAAACAAGUUUGCUCGUCUAGUCAUUGACGAAGCACAUUGUGUAAGUCAAUGGGGCCACGAUUUCAGGCCAGACUACAAAGAGCUCGGACAGAUUCACACACAGUUUCAAGGCGUUCCGAUCAUAGCUCUUACUGCUACAGCGACGAAUAACGUCAUCGUCGAUGUGAAACACAAUCUUCACAUGGAGCAGUGCAAGGUGUUUUCUCAAAGCUUCAACCGCCCAAAUCUCUAUUAUGAGGUCCGGUCGAAGGAAACUCAGACUGUGGACAAAAUUGCUCACCUCAUCAACGAGAAGUAUCGGAAUAUGACUGGGAUUGUGUAUACGCUUGCUCGGAAGCAGACGGAGCAGAUUGCCGAAAAACUUCGAGCCCACGGUGUUAACGCAGAACACUAUCAUGCGUCAAUGCCAGCAGAAGACAAGACCAGAGUUCAACGGUCGUGGCAAAACGGACACAUCAAAGUGGUUGUUGCUACUAUUGCUUUCGGCAUGGGUAUUGACAAACCUGACGUGCGCUUCGUUAUACACCAAUACCUUCCCAAGAGCUUAGAGGGGUACUACCAGGAGACCGGUCGCGCUGGUCGAGACGGGCUGCGGUCAGACUGCUACCUCUUUUUCAGCUACGGAGACAUCCGCCAGCUGCGGACUUUUAUCGACGAUUCAGGUGGCAGCGAUGCACAGAAACAUCGACAGCAUGAGAUGCUCAACCGAGUGAUCAUGUUCUGCCAAAACCAGCGUGACUGUCGUCGAAGUCAGCUCCUGCACUACUUUGGCGAGACUCUCUCCGAAGAGCAGUGUGGCAAAACCUGCGACAAUUGCAAGAACGGAGGCCACUUCGAGGUAGUGGAUCGGACCGAAUACGCUCAAGCUGUCUUGCAAGCCGUCAUGUGUCACGCUCGGUUGACCAUGCCCCAGUGUACGGAUAUGCUUUUGGGCAAGAGGAAGCCAGAGCAGGACAAAGGCCCGCAGCACGUCUAUGGCAUUGCCAAGGGCUUGACGAAGUAUGAGAUCAAUCGGAUCAUCACCGAAUUGGCCUUGCAGAAUGGGUUGGGCGAACAUAACUCAAUCCCCAAUGGCCGUGGGCCUCCCAUUCGAUACCUUAUUGUGAGAGCCCCGACAGCCCAUCUUCCAUGUCUUCCACUAACAUCUCUCUGCAGGCUGGAGAACAAGCGGCCAGCUUCUUGA